AUGAAAGAUUGGGAACUGAUCGUAAAUGAAUUACAGAUUGGUUCCAUUGGAAGUAGAGUAUUGGUCACUUCUCGCAACAGCGAUGUUGGCGCCUCUUGCGUCGAAUGCCCCAAAUAUGUCCACAAACUGAAUGGUUUACCAUGGAAGAAAGCAUUAAACCUAUUCUGUAAGAAGGCUUUCCGUAGCUGCCAUGGGAUUUGUCCCCCGGAGUUGGAGGAUUUCUCCGAGAAAAUAAUUAAGAAGUGUGAAGGGCUUCCCUUAGCAGUAAUAGCAGCUGGCAACCUUCUAUCAAAGAAGCGGCAAAUUCCAUAUGAAUGGAAGAAAUUGCAUGACAGCCUCGGAGCCAAUCUUCAUGUUAUGAGGAGUAUUCUGUUGCCAAGUUACAAGGACCUCCCGAGCGAUCUAAGAAGCUGCUUUUUGUACUUCAGCAUAUUUCCUGAGGACUAUCCGAUUCGGCGGCAAAGAUUGAUUCGCCUAUGGAUAGCUGAAGGAUUUGUGAAGGAAGCAAGGAAUACAACUCUGGAAGAAAUUGCAGAGCAUUAUCUUAAUGAGCUCGUUCAGAGGAAUCUGGUUCUUGUGACAGUGAGGGAAAUCGAUGGACGGGUGAGAAGUUGCCAUGUCCUGAAUCUUGUUCACAAAUUCAUCAUUGACAAGGCUGAGGUAGAGAACUUUGUCGGAUCUGCAUCCGAAAGAAGCUCAUCAUCCCAGGGAAGAAUCCGGCACCUAUCUGCUCAGACGGAUAUUCACACAAAUGUUGAACUUGGUGAAACAUUAGGUCAUGUUCGGUCCGCUUUCAUGUUUGGGAGAGGAAAGUUUUCAGACUUGAAGUUUUUCCAGCUGUUGAGGAUUUUAGAUAUGCAAGGCGCUCUGCUGGAGGAUUUCCCCAUCAUUGUUGUCAAACUUGUGCUUCUAAAGUACCUGAGUUUGCGAGAGACAAAUAUCAAUACAGUUCCGAAGUCCAUAAAGAAGCUUGGCCUCCUUGAAACCUUGGACCUCAAGCAAACAAGAGUCACGCGGCUUCCAGAGAGCAUUUUUUGGCUGCACCGAUGUUGA